AUGUCUGUAAUGAACCGGAAGUGCGAAUCUUUGGAUCAGCUCUUGGCUCACUUCAACACCAAGAUCUCGAUCAUCACUGAGUUGUUCCCAUUGAGCCAAUUGUAUGACAACAUUGACCACAAGAAUGAGUGGAAAAGAAACGUUGUGUUGGACUCUAAUUACUUGAGUGACAAUUCAGACAACUAUUGUCACCGAAUGGGUCCCAAGAAACCAGAUUUGAGGGAAAUCUCGCAAAUGAUUGUCGAAAUGAAGGCAAUGACUGCAGAGAUUAAGACACUUCUACGACAGCAGAAGCAGUCAAUCAUUUGUCACAACACUAAAUGUCACAACGAUUUGGAUCUAAUGCUCAGACACUGCCAUCACAUCAAUGAUAAUAUUCCAGAGUUUUUGCAAAACGGUGUCCAAAAUAAAGGCAAAACUAAUGAUGAAAAUAAGGAUUUAUCGAAACGACAACCUAAUGGUCACAAUAACCAGAAACCGGUCUCUAAAGUGAUGCCGAAGACUAAUCCGAAGACAACGGUUAAGACCAAUGCAAACAAACCGGUCUCUAAAGUGAUGCCGAAGACUAAUCCGAAGACAACGGUUAAGACCAAUGCAAACGUGAGGCCAACACAAGAGCCAAGAGUUGUGGCAAAGAAUACGACGAAGAAAGUGGUCCUCAAAGACACGUCUAUUCCCAGCAUUUCGUUCAUCACAACCGAAGAAUUUGCUUCAAUUCCUCAUUAUAUGUUGGGACGACUGACCUAUGAAGUGAUCAAUAGAGCCAUCGCUGACUUCAACCGAACCAUUGCCACCAAAUAUAAGAUAAUAAACAACUAUUCGACCAAAUAUUGUGACGAAGAUCUGCGCAAAUAUGUCGCGUAUAAGGAACAGGAGAACUCGGAAACUGAUGGACAAUAUUUUUGUACAAUCAAUGACUUGAAAGACUUAAGUGAUCUCAAAGUGGACAUCACUAUCCGGAAGGCCAUCAUUUGUCUCCGUCAUUGCAAACGCGUUAAAGAGAUCCGCGGAAAUCCUCCUAAACUUAUCAGAUAUGCGAUCGUCAAGAGCACCACUUUUAUGGAUUAA